CUUUUUCUUAUCACAGUCGAAAAAAUCUUCUCCGCCAUUCGCAGUACUCGAGCAAAAUCCGCCCGUCUCGCUCUCGAUCUACUUCUUGUGCGUUCGCCCCCCGGUGUUAUUGUUCUGUAUCAUUCCACGCGUCCGCUAUCAUCCAUCUUCCAGCGUCGCCGCGAAGAGCGUAAAAAGCUGCGUUUCGCACUUGCCGCAUCCUCCCGGUCCGGAAGUUCCGGUAUCUUGAAAUAAAUGUCGCAAUGUUUAUUUACUCGCCAUCUCUGCCGGCCGCUAUAUAAAGGUGCCCUGCUGUCAAAACACGGCUUUGUUGGUGCGCGAUUUGGUCUCAGUUGUUUUCAGCGUCAAGGUUCUCCGUUCGGGCGACUCCGGCGUGACGUCACUCGUGACGCCGAGCGCUGCGUCACGUCGUGUUUUCCGGGAGCAGCCGACCAAUCCCGCGCCGAACUACGGUCACGUGCGCGCCGUCCGCCAAUGACGACGCGGCUUCGCCGUAAUAGAUGGUACAUUUCUGACAAGCGUAGAAAAAGUUUCAUCAACAGCCGCCAUUUUGCCUGUUUGAGAACGCGUUGAAUUUCGUAUGAAUUCCGCAAACCGUGGGGUCGUAUGUGAAUCAAAGGGGUGUCUUUCGGUCGGACGCGGCGUCUGAUGCUGGUGUGGUGGUCGCGAGACGCAGUUGCUUGUUAGAAGAGGGUGCCCAGGUGCGUGGUGUAGCGGAUCAUUGUGCCGUCCGACGGAAGAUGGUGAGAGGCAGCGCGAGUGCGAUCGGCCAGUCAGAGUGAGUCCAUGAUGGCCGAUGGGUGACUGCCCCAAUAUGUGCCUUGUGAGAUGCGUCGGCCCUCGGACACCGGCUGCAGGGACUGUUUGGCGCCCGUUCUCGCGAUUCGCCGCCGCCGCGACGCGUAAAUAGUGCAGUGCUCUCGCGAACAGGACUGCCGAGUGCCAUGGCCGACCAUCUCGUCGAUGGGCCGCCGAGCGCCAAACGGCAGAAGCUGGACCCCUUCCAGGGGCCCUCGGACUCCUCAGCUUACAACUACCCCUUGGGCUCCACGCAGGGCCUGGCGGCGGCAGUGGGUGGCGGUGUCUCCAAUCCGGCUCAGCAGCAGUGGAACCUGUGCCACCAGCAAAAUGUGCUUUCGAAUAUGGACAUGUUCGAUCUCGAGAACGACCUCCCCGACGAGCUAAUGACGCCGCCGACGUCGUGGACCAUGUCGGACAACAUGGGCAACAGCAAGCCGCCGCCCCACGGCCCCGGCCCCGGGACGCUCCAGAACGGCGGCAUCGACGGCGGCGACAACAGCAGCAGUUUAAGACAGAUACAGCUCAACAUGUUACAGGGCAAUAAGAAUUUGAUAGGAAGCGCCUUGGCGAUGGCCAGCGGACAGCUGGGGAGCAAGAGUCCCAAUAUGCAGUCGCCGCCGAACGUCUCGGUGGCGAAGGGGAACGUCGUCGAAAUGAACCUGAGCAGCCUGCCGUCGAGCAUCUCGAAUAAUGCCGGGCUGCAGUCGAUGGCGAAUAAUGGGACUUCGCCGCAGAUUAUGAGUUCGAUACAAGGGAUGAACAAUAGCGCUGGUGGUAAUAUGAUUAUGACCAACAGUAGCAUGAGCACGAUGGCGGGAAUGGCCGGAGGAGGAUUAGUCGUUAGCAGUACGGUAAACAAACCGUUAACUAACACGACGAACAUGAUGGCACCGGGCCAACCCCAUCAUCCAGGAAAUCAUACAGUACCUCAACAGCCCAUGCAGAACGGCCCGAUGUUGAACCGCGUGCCAAUCGGGCACCUUAACGCCCGAGCCCCGGGCCCCCACGGCGUCCACCCCCUCGGUACGCGAAUGCAGGCGCCGGGGAUGAUGCAACUCAGCAGCGCCGUCGGCCAGGGCAUGCCUGGAAAUACUCCAUAUUCAUAUCCAAACGCCGGACCUCAGGGUGUGGCCACUCCUCAACCUCACGGGAAUAAACUAGGACUUCCUCAGACGAGGUUCGGGGGACCCGCGGGCCCCAGCAGCGAGGGCGGCAUGGCCCCCACGCAGCUCCCCGCCCCCUCGCCCGCCCAGCCCCAGUCCGGAGCGCCGUCGGGCUCGCAGCCCGGCCCGCAGACGGCGACGCAGAACCAGGGCACGGGACCGCCGCCAUCCUCGACGGACCCCGAAAAACGCAAGCUGAUCCAACAACAGCUGGUGUUGUUACUGCAUGCGCACAAGUGCCAGAGACGCGAGUCGCAGGCGAAUGGUGAAGUGUGGCAGUGCAAUCUGCCCCACUGCAAGACGAUGAAAAACGUACUGAAUCACAUGACGACGUGUAACGCCGGAAAGAGCUGCUCAGUAGCUCAUUGUAGUUCCUCAAGACAGAUCAUAAGCCAUUGGAAACAUUGCACGAAGAUGGACUGCCCGGUCUGCUUGCCACUGAAGCAGGCCGACAAGAAUCGAAAUAAUAACCCGAACGCGACUGCUAACCCGCCUCAAAGUACUCAGUCAAUAAAUCCAUCGGCGACGGACAUGCGAAGGGCGUACGACGCCCUGGGCAUCCAGUGUCCUACGACCGGUGCCGGUGCGACCCCCACCGGAUUAAUUCCGAACGCGGGCCAGCAACGAUCCUGCAUAAGACUCCCAAUCGCGGGCGGCCCCAACAUGGCCGCGAGCCUCGGCGUCCGCGCCAUGCCCCCGUCGAGCGUCCAGCCCGCCCCCAACGUCAGCCUGCCCCUCGGAAGCGACUCCGCUUCGAACACAAACCAAGGCGUCAGCCAAACCGCCGCGAAUCUCCAGCAGAGCGUCUCCAACGUGAUCUUCGGACUGACGAACGACGCGGCGGGCCAAGGCCUGGUGGGACCCGGCGGCCUGCAAGCCGGCCAAGUGACGGCCUCACCUGUACAAGGGACCAAAGAGUGGCACCAGUCAGUCACGCCCGAUCUCAGAAACCACCUGGUGCACAAACUAGUACAAGCGAUUUUCCCCACGCCCGACCCCCAAGCCAUGCUGGACAAGCGCAUGCACAACCUCGUCGCGUACGCCCGCAAGGUCGAGGGCGACAUGUACGAGAUGGCCAACUCCCGCUCCGAGUACUACCACCUCCUCGCCGAGAAGAUCUACAAAAUCCAGAAGGAGCUCGAAGAGAAACGCCAGAAGCGCAAGGAGCAGCAGCUGCUGCACAACCAGCCGCCGCAGAUCCGGCCGGCGCUCCAGGGCGCCGCGUCGGGGGUGGCGCGGCCGCCCGGCGUCGGCGCGCUUCCCCAGCAGGCGCAGCCGAGCCUCCGCAGCGGCUCGCCGGCCCUCGGCGGACUCGGCGCGCUCAACCAGGCCGGCGGCCGCCUGUUCGUGCAGAACGCCGCCGCGCCGCAGAGCAACCAGCAGCCCAACGUGGUGGGGCUUCCGGGGCCGAGCCCGACGGCCUCGAGCAACCCGGGGCUGUCGCCGUUCGGCGCGAUGGGCCAAGGGGGUCCAGGCAGCGCGGCGCCCUCCACGUCCACCGGGAACCAGUUCGUCGCUUCCAACGGGCCGGUCAGCCUGCCGCAGGCGUCGCCGGCCAGCUCCACGCAGCAGCAGGCGCAGCAGUUCAACGACAUCAUGAAGAGCCGGCUGGCGCCGGCGCCGUCGCCGUCGGCCUUCGGCCUCCAGUCGCAGACUAUGACGCAGCAGAGUCAAGGACAAGUCAAUAACAAUAUCAACACGACUCGAAUAUCGGCGACGCCGAACUCCGAAUCGGUCACGACGCCCCACGCCACCGGGCCCAAGUCGGUCAGCUCGUCGAGGGGGCCGUCGCCAGCGCCGGCCACGCCGGUGCAGUCUUCGCCAGCGACGGCAGCUAGUCUGGAAUCAGUGCAAGGAAGAUAUCUUAAAUUUCUAUGGUUCAAAAUGCAUGGCAAAGGAAUGAGUAGCGCCGAACGAGCGGCCCAAAACGCUCCCCGCCAAUCGUCAAUGUCUUCGCAAAUGGCCGCCAUAACGGCCGCCCACGAUCGAGAAGACGAUUCUCCAUCGCCGCCGCCGAAUAGCAUCAAAGGUAAACUAGAUCAAAUCAAAGAAGAGAACUCCAUGGAUGUUAAACACAUCAAACAAGAAGUCGACGACGAACAAAGCCAAAGCGAAGGUGGUAAGAACAUCAAGAAUGAAAUCAAAAUGGAAAUCAAAACCGAGAUCAAGUCGGAACCGAUGGACGAUUGCGAGCCGAAGAUUAAAGAAGAAAUCCACGUGAAGGAGGAACAAGGGGUUGCGGAUAGCUCGAUCGACGUCAAACCAACGAUCUCGGACGGUUCUCUGGUACCGAUGGGUUGUAGCAGUAGCGGCGCCAACAAACAUAGGAAAUGCAUUUUUAAAUUUGACGAGCUUCGGCAGAAACUUAUGCCCACUUUGGAGAAGUUGUACCGGCAAGAUCCGGAGAGUUUGCCGUUUAGACAACCGGUGGACCCGCAGACUUUGGGGAUACCGGAUUAUUUCGACAUCGUGAAGAGACCUAUGGAUUUGUCGACGAUUAAGAAGAAGUUGGACUUGGGGCAGUACACGGAUCCGUGGGAGUACGUUGACGACGUGUGGUUGAUGUUUGACAACGCGUGGUUAUACAACAGGAAAACCAGCAGAGUUUACCGGUACUGUACAAAACUGUCUGAAGUGUUCGAGAUGGAGAUAGAUCCGGUGAUGCAGUCGAUGGGGUACUGUUGCGGCCGGAAGUACACUUUCAAUCCACAAGUUUUGUGUUGUUAUGGGAAGCAGCUGUGCACGAUUCCAAGGGACGCCAAAUACUACAGCUACCAGAACAGUCUUAAAGCGUAUGGACUCGGAUCCGACAGAUAUACCUUCUGCCAGAAGUGCUUCAACGACAUCCAAGGCGAUACGGUAACGCUAGGAGACGACCCCACGCAAGCCCAAACAGCUAUAAAGAAAGACCAGUUCAAAGAGAUGAAGAACGACCAUCUCGAGAUGGAAGCGUUCGUCCACUGCACCGACUGCGGCAGGAAGCUCCACCAAAUCUGCGUCUUACACAACGAAAACAUCUGGACGCAGGGCUUCACCUGCGACGAGUGCCUGAAGAAGAAGGGCCAGAAACGUCGCGAGAACAAGUUCAACGCGAAGCGGCUGCCCGCGACCAAGCUCGGCGCGUACAUAGAGAACAGAGUGAAUAACUUCCUCAAGAAGAAGGAGGCCGGCGCCGGCGAGGUGUCGAUCCGCGUGGUGUCGAGUUCGGAAAAGAGUGUCGAAGUGAAACCGGGGAUGCGGUGUAAGUUCGUCGAGACGGGCGAACUGGCGCCCGACUUCCCUUACAGAGCGAAGGCACUUUUCGCGUUCGAGGAGAUCGACGGCGUGGACGUUUGCUUCUUCGGAAUGCACGUGCAGGAGUACGGGUCCGAGUGCCCGCCGCCGAACACCAGACGCGUCUACAUCGCGUAUUUAGACUCGGUGCACUUUUUCAAACCGAGACAGUUCAGGACUGCCGUCUAUCACGAGAUUCUGCUGGGUUACAUGGACUAUGUGAAACAGUUGGGUUACACCAUGGCGCACAUAUGGGCGUGUCCUCCGUCGGAAGGCGACGACUAUAUAUUCCAUUGCCACCCGGUCGAACAAAAAAUACCCAAACCUAAGAGACUUCAAGACUGGUACAAGAAGAUGUUGGAUAAGGGGAUAAUCGAACGAAUCGUUCUGGAUUACAAGGAUAUUCUUAAGCAAGCGAUGGAGGAUAACCUGCGCUCGGCGGCCGAUCUUCCGUACUUCGAGGGCGACUUCUGGCCGAACGUGUUAGAAGAGAGCAUCAAAGAGCUGGAUCAGGAAGAGGAAGAAAAGAGGAAACAAGCGGAGGCGGCGGAAGCCGCCGCAAAUGCCAUCUUCUCGCUUACGGAAGAGUGCGAGACGGGACCCGACGGCAAGAAGAAAGGUCAGAAGAAGGCGAAGAAAAGCAAUAAGUCGAAAGCGAACCAACGAAAGAACAGCAAGAAGUCGAACACGCCGCAGACCGGAAACGAUUUGUCGGCGAAAAUUUUCGCCACGAUGGAGAAGCAUAAAGAGGUGUUCUUCGUGAUUCGGCUGCAUUCGGUGCAAUCGGCAGCGAGUUUAGGGCCGAUCCAAGAUCCCGACCCCUUCAUCAACUGCGACCUAAUGGACGGCCGCGACGCCUUCCUCACCCUCGCCCGCGAAAAACACUACGAAUUCUCGUCAUUGCGCCGCGCCAAAUUCAGCACCAUGUGCAUGCUCUACGAACUCCACAACCAGGGCCAGGACAAGUUCGUCUACACCUGCAACCACUGCAAAGGCCACGUCGAGACGCGCUACCACUGCACCGUCUGCGACGACUUCGACCUCUGCAUCCAGUGCUACGACAAGGAGGGUCAUCCCCACAAGAUGGAGAAACUCGGCCUCGACCUGGACGACGGCAGCUCGCCGAGCGACCAGAAGCAAGUCAACCCGCAGGCCGCCCGCCAGCUGUCCAUCCAGCGGUGCAUCCACUCCCUGGUGCACGCGUGCCAGUGCCGCGACGCCAACUGCCGCCUAACCAGCUGCCAGAAGAUGAAGCGCGUGGUGACGCACACGAAGGUGUGCAAGAGGAAGACCAACGGCGGCUGCCCGAUCUGCAAGCAGCUGAUCGCCCUGUGCUGCUACCACGCGAAGCACUGCCAGGAGACCAAGUGUCCGGUGCCGUUCUGCUCGAACAUCAAGCACAAGCUGAAGCAGCAGCAGCUCCAGCAGCGGCUGCAGCAGGCGCAGCUGCUCCGAAGGCGCAUGGCGGUGAUGAACACGAGGACGCUGCCGCAAGGCAACGCGAUGCCGGGCGCGAACAGCGUGGGGCUCGCGUCGGGAGUGCAGUCGGUGGUGCCGGGCGCGGUCAGCCCGGCAAACUCAAUGAACUCGUCGGCGAUGGCGAACAGCGCGAUGGGAAUACAGUCGCCGCACCAGCCGGGCAUCGGGAUCAAGCCGGGCACGCAGACGCCGCCAGCGAACGUGCUGCAGGUGGUGAAGCAGGUCCAGGAGGAGGCGGCGAGGCAGCAGGCGCCGCACGUGGGCUACGGGAAGGUCACGCCCGGCGGCGGAGUGCCGGGACAGAACAUGCCGCCUCCACAACUGAGAAUGGGAGGACACAUGGGAACAGAUCAAGGGGGUAACUUGCUACCGAUGCAGCAGUGGCAACAAAGGUACCCCGGAGGAGCGCAAGGAAUCCGGCAACCCGGCCCCCAGAUAAUCCAACAAGGUCAAAUGGGUCAGAACCCCAUGCAGGGUAACCAAGGGGCGGUUCGACCCGGCGCAGGCAACAUCAAUCCCCAGAGCGCGAUGCAGAAACAAGCCUUACAACAGUUAAUGCAGACGUUAAGGUCGCCACAGUCACCCGAACAACAACAACAGAUACUGACCAUACUGAAAGCGAACCCCCAGUUGAUGGCCGCCUUCAUCAAACAAAGACAGCAGGCUCAACUCCAGCAGGCCAGCGGCGCGGGUGUGGGCACGACGCCCCCACAGCAGCUGCAGCACAUCCUCACGCAGCAGAACAGCGGGCAGCACCAGAACCGGCUGCAGAUGCAGGGCGGCAUGCUCGGGCAGACGCCGGGCCAGAACCCCGGCCAGGGCCUCAACCAAGGUCCGCCGAACCAGUCGCUGACGCCGCAGCAGCAGCAGUGGUACAAGCACCAGCAGAUGCUCGCGCUUCAGCGCCAGCAGCAGCAGCAACAAGUGCAACAGCAGCAGCAGCAGCAACAGCAACAGCCGUUCCAGCAGCCGUCCGCCCCGCCGUCGUAUCAGCAGCGGCUGCCCGCCAUCCGGCAGCCGCACCUCGGCUACAACUCGUAUCCCGAGCAGCAGUACCCGCCCAUGCAGGGCCUCAAGCCGACGCCGCCGCCCGUGCCGUCGCCGCAGGCCGUCAUGGGCCCCCCGCAGGGCAUCUCCGUGCAGCAGCAGCAGCUGCGCAGCCCGCCGCCCAUCCGCAGCCCCCAGCCGUCACCGUCGUCGCGGCCGUCGCCCAGCCCGCGGACGCAGGCGGCGGCCAGUCCCCGCGGGCCGCAGCCGUCGCCGCACGACUCGGCGUCCGAGAUGCUGCUGGGGCAGAACCACGCGGGGGCGCUGCACCCGCACGCCUCCCCCGUCGGCGCCAGCCAGGAGACCGGCGAGGUGCCCGCCAUGACGCCCCAGGACCAGCUCAGCAGGUUCGUCGAGCAGCUCUAGUGGUGAGUGCUGGCGCAGGCCCUGCUACCCCGGACUGGCAGCGGUGCUACGGACUGACGACCCCCGUACAAGUGUAAAGUGAUGUAAAUGUAUACUUAAGGACGACCGACGAGUGUAGCUAUGUAAAUACAGUGUAGAUUUUUAAUCUAAAUGGACUAUGUAUUUUUAAUUGUACAUAUGUUUAAAUACACUCUUGUAUCAUAUUAUAAAUAAUGUUAGUGAAAUGUUUACCUUACGAUGUGAAUGAAGAUACCUAAAAGUAUUUGGCUUGCGAGGCUGUGUUCUUAACUUAACGGAUUGUUACCUGCGGAGGUAGACUCAACAUAGCUACGCACUGUUGCUAUUACUUGUUUUUAUAUUCAAUAUAAGAUGACUCGUGACAAGUUUAUGAUUAGUGAUGCUGUAUAAAGUAGCAGAUUUUUACCGAGACUGUAAGUGUCGUGUCGGUAGCUAUUGUGAUGGUGGCCGAUGGCCCCUAUUUGUUUUUAUAUAAUAUAUUUAUAAUUUAUA